AUGGUAGUAUAUGAAAGUGAUGGGUGGAUACGAUUUCCCAGGGUCAAAUUCCGGGAUCGAUCUACAGUAUGUAUUAUUUUACGCGUUUUUAUCAACAACAAAUUGCUAAAAUUUUAUUAUGCACAUAGUACUCUUACUGGAUGGAUUCCUGAGCUUAUUUUUAUUGCUGAUAAGAGUUUCAAUAAGAAUACCGUUUGGAGGCGAUUAUUGAUGGGACAUAAAAAAGGCCAAACUUUAGUAACGAUUACCACAGGCAAUAUGACCGACAAUGAAGCUGAUGGUGUCGGCCUCGUUCCAACACAUACAUACGCAGUAUUAGAUGCCCGGGAGUUUAAUGGUUUGCAAUUACUGCAGGUUAAAAAUCCUUGGAAUAUUAAACGAUGGAUAGGACCAUAUAGUCAUUUAGAUACAAUUAAUUGGACACCUGAGCUAAUGUCAUUGUUAAAUUAUGAUAGAUUACAAGCAGUUCACAAUGAUGACGCGCCCAAGGAUACAUUAAAUUUAGGAUACAAUCCACAGUUCUUCUUAGAAAUAAAAAAUGAUACAAAAAAGGACUCAGCAACUUACAUUUUGUUGUCUAAACAUAUUACGACUACUGGAAAGAAUAGAGAUUUUAUCACCCUUCAUUUAUAUAAUGAAACAGAGGGGAAAAGGAUUUUUUACCCAAGUACUCCUUGGAAAGAGCUUCGGUUUAAUGCACCACCUGGAGAGAGUCGAUACACUAUAGUAGUUGACAAAAGAAAAGAAGAAGUCAGCGAAACUAAAUCCUUGGAAUUCACUUUAAAAUGCUAUUGCAUGUCACAAUUUGAAUUAACAGAAAUUACAGAAGUUCAAAAACAAUACCCAACUGAAAAACAAGUGGUUGGUAAAUGGACUACGGAAACUGCAGGAGGAAAUCCGAAUGAAAUCACCUAUUUAAACAAUCCACAAUAUCGAUUAUCUAUGGAUCCACAAAGUUGCAAGUCCCCUGAGGAUAAACUACGGAUACAACUUAUGUUAGAAGGACCGAAAAAGUAUGCAAUGCAUGUUAAAUUAGUCUGGGGUAAUGGUAAAAGAAUCACAAGCGUUUUGGCUAAAGAUAUUCUAGUUCAGUCUACUGGUUACAAUUAUGGGUUUUGCUAUUGUGAAAUGGAGGAUAUACGACCCGGUGAUUAUACUAUCGUCGUAUCAACACUCGAGCCCGGUCUUGUUGGUGAUUAUGUUUUAACCGUCGCAUCGAACUUUGAAUUUAAGUUGACUCCAAUACCCCUUGAGGGCGCAGGCUUAUACAGAAGAGAUAUUCAUGGUGAAUGGUUGGGAGUUAAUGCAAUGGGUUGUGUUGAUAAUACUGACUAUAACAAAAAUCCAUGUUACCACAUAAAAGUCAAGGAAAUGACUACUAUAAAAAUUCGGCUUCAAGUAUCUGAUAUAAAACCAUCGCCGAUGCUUGGUGUUAAUAUAUAUGAAAAACAUCCAACCAAAUUUUUGGGCAAUGAAAUUGGAAAUUCAGGGCCCUAUGCAAACUUUCCACAAGGGGUUUGUACAGAUGAUGUUACGUUACCACAUAAUAAUGAAGGAUAUGUUGUUGUUUUUUCAACCUGGAGUAGAGACGAGUCUGGAAAAUUCAAUGCCUUUGUGUAUAGUGAUAGAAAUAUAACAAUAGAAGCUAUUUAA